AUGCCCGCGCACUUUGAGAGCUUGGUGAACUUUGUGGCCUUCAACCACCGGAAGCAGCGCAUCUUCCUGCCCGAAGGCGACCCUCCGCCGCCGAGAACAGUCCGGAAGGGCCCGGAGAUCAGAGGCAAGGACGCCCAGCAGGCGAACCUGGAGGCGCAGAUGGUGCUACGGGGCGCCCUGGAAAUGGACGUGGACAGGUCCAACCAGUUCUUGUCCAGUGUCGCCAGCAGCCUCUACGACCAGCUCUCCGCUGCUUCGGUGGAGAUUCAGGCAGAGACCUUCUCCAUGAUGGUGCGGGCCUGCAUGAAGGUGCUGGAUCUGUCUGCUUGCAGAGACUUCCUGCUCCGAAUAGAGGCGGCGGGCCAUGUGGACGCCGCUUUGCUGGACCAGGUCAUGGAGCUGCAUUGGGAGCAGAAGCGGCAAACGGAGGCCCUGGAGGUGUGGAUCAUGGGCGUCUAG